AUGUCGCCGGCAGCCGCAUCCACGGGCUCCGCAGAGCGAUCAACGGAGUCGGAGCAAACAGUCUACGAUACCGCUGCCACCGUGGAAACCGGCGAGGAGAUGCAGGAGCCGGCCUCGCAGGCGGGGGACGAGGAGCAGGAGACCAGGAGACAGGCUAAUGCUGAAGGCUUGCAGCUGGGAUACAGUGUCGUUCCUAGCGAGAAGAGGUUCCUGGUUUUACACGCUUUCCUGAAGAGGAAACAGUCUAGCAAGAAGGUCAUGGUGCUGUUUUCAUCACGUAGUUCAGUCGAGUUCCAUGCACAGCUUCUAAAUUUUCUCCAGAUAGAGUGUGCCGAUAUCCACGAGAAACAAGAGCAGCUCAACCGAACUGCAGCAUUGUCUGCCUUCUGCACGGCACAAAAGGGUGUCUUGUUAUGCACUAAUGUGGCAGCACGUGGACUUGAUCUUCCUCACGUGGAUUAUAUUGUGCAAUACGAUCCUCCAGCAGAUGAACCAGAGGAUUACAUUCAUCAUGUUGGGCGUACUGCACCUGGUGAUAAAGGAAAAGCAACUGUAUUGUUAUUCUUACUGCCCCAAGAAUUAGAGUUUCUUAUCUCCUUGAGGGCAGCCAACAUUCAUCUCACCGAACACCAGUUUAACAACAAGAAUGUGCCAAAUCUGCAAGCACAUUUUGAGAAAAUCGUUGGCGAGAACUACUUCCUACACCAGUCAGCUCAACAAGCCUACAGAUCCUACAUUCUAGCAUACAACUCACACACAAUGAAAGCCAUCUUUAAGGUUCAUAGUCUCUGUUUGAAGGAUGUAGCUGCAUCAUUCUGCUUUAGGAACCCUCCAAAAGUGGACAUUGGCCUGGAGGGCAGAGCUAUGAAGAAAGUAGGUUACAACAGAGGCCUUGAUUCCAGAGAGAGGCGAAAGAGGCGUCGCAUCAAUGCUGCAAAUCCUUAA